GUGCAGCGAAUCCAGCAGCCAUUCACCGCAUGCCGUAUCGCCCAAGUAGGUGCGCAAGAGCGAGGAGCAACAGAGCAACAGAGCAACAGAGCAACAGAGCGACAGAGCAACAGAGCGACAGAGCAACAGAGCAACAGAAGAGUCUGAAAGUGCAGGACGCAUGCAGCAGUCACGAGUAGCCAUGCAAUGCGAAGCAGCCGCCAGCCCAAACGAACGGAUCGGAGUUGACAGGAACGCAGCAAGCCGAGGAGAUAUUUAUACGUGCGUGCAUAUAUAGAUGCGCAGAAGCAGCAGCAGCGGCACCAGCACCAGCACCAGCAAGCGUACACGGAUCGAUCUCACGAGGAGCGUACACCGUACCGCGUACACGAGGGACAUCGUGACUUCAGCACUUGAGGCGGAAUCAAAAGUUGCGAGCAACGGUACCUACCAUACGCGCAUAAAUGACCAUCCCGUGGCUUCUCUGCGGCUCACACAUCGAGCGGAGUCUGGGCCCAGAAAACACAUCAGCAGCAGUCAAGUGCAUCAGCAUAGGUACCUACGUGGUCUACAGAGGAGAAUCUCCUCGUCAUUCUUCUCCUGUGCAGACAGCUCGGCUGCAUCUGGACCACCUUACGACGCGCUUUUGGUUGCGCUCAGCUCGUCGUCUCUUUGCAUGGAGGCUGGCAUGUGCAUGUCUGGGCAAGUCGAGAUUUGGCGAUUCCGACAUCGAAGACUCUCGAUGGCUCUAGACACCGCCUGGCAAGAGCUGAAGGUUGUAUAGGGAGGAGACCCAGUGGAGAGAGUCGCGGGGCCGGCAUGCAGCAGCACCACACUCUUGACAACUGCAUGCGUGCGUGCGAAUCACCGGCUGGGCCUGCUGCAGAGCUUCGUGAUCGCUGACUGGCUGCUGGGUCACGCGACCUUGCAUCUGGCUUGGCAUCUCCAUCUCCACUCGUGACUCGUGACUGUGACUCUUGCU